ACCACUAUGUAUAAUACAGAAAAUAAAAAUGUGCUUUCCAGUGAGCUGCAAGAGGGUCAGCAUCAGAUUGACACUGUGCCUGCACUGAAAUCCACACUGAAGAUAAAGAAGAAAGUAAUAACUGAGGAGUAUAAGCUUGCAGGACAAGUGCUCGGGAUAGGCAUCAAUGGCAAGGUCUGGGAAAUUUUCCAGAAGAAAAACGGCAAACACUAUGCCUUAAAGAUAUUGCGGGACACCCCUAAGGCUCGACAGGAAGUGGAGCUUCACUGCAGGGCAUCAAGCUGCCCUCAUAUCGUUGGAACUGAAGAUGUCUUUGAGAAUUACUACCAAGGCAAAAAGUGUUUGCUUCUCGUCAUGGAGUGUAUGGAGGGGGGAGAACUCUUUCGCCACAUUCAGGAACGUGGUGAUCAAGCUUUCACUGAAAGAGAAGCCUCAGAAAUAAUGAGAAGCAUAGGGGAAGCUGUCGAGUUUCUGCAUGGUAUUAACAUUGCUCACAGAGACCUCAAGCCAGAGAAUUUACUAUACACAUCAAAACGGCCGGAUGCCCAGCUCAAGCUUACAGACUUCGGAUUCGCCAAAGAGACCACGUCCAACAACUGCUUGACCACCCCGUGCUAUACACCUUAUUAUGUGGCCCCAGAGGUGCUUGGUCCAGAGAAAUAUGAUAAGUCAUGUGACAUGUGGUCAUUAGGAGUCAUCAUGUACAUCCUGUUGUGUGGAUAUCCACCAUUCUACUCAAACCAUGGCUUAAAACUCUCACCGGGAAUGAGAAAACGGAUACGGAAUGGCCAGUAUGAAUUUCCAAACAAUGAAUGGUCACAGGUGUCAGAGGAAGCAAAGCAGCUAAUUUGCCAACUGCUGAAAACAGAUCCUACAGAGAGAAUGACCAUCACAGAAUUCAUGAACCAUUCUUGGAUCAAUAAGUCAAUGAAGGUUCCUCCGACACAUCUGCACACGAGUCGGGUUCUUAUGGAAGAGAGUGAUGUCUGGGAUAAAGUCAAGGAAGAGAUGACUAACGCCUUAGCAACAAUAAGAGUGGACUACGAACAAAUAAAGAUCAAAGCGAUCGAGGACUCGUCCAAUCCUCUUCUUCUGAAGAGAAGAAAGAAAAUGGCAGCUACAAUGAACGAAGCAGGACUGUGACAAACAAAUACACAAGUGGACACAUGCGUAGGUCUUGAACAGUUACAAUCUGAAAGUCACUUUAUAACAAUGAGGGGAAAAAAUUGACCCUUUAAUUUAUUCUCCAUUUAUCAUUCAAUGUUAUAGCCUGCAGUUAUAGCCUGAAUAAUAUCUGUGUUAAUGUCUGGAAGGA